GGAACCCUCAUCACGUGAUGCGCAAAUCAUCAACAGCUCUUCCCCGUCAAGGAGGGGGACGUUUCGUAUUGUCUUAGUAAUGGCGGACACGUGUGGCCAAGUACUGCUUGGGUCUGGGCUGACUGUCCUUUCCCACCCCCUUAUGUACAUCAAGGUGUUAGUUCAGGUUGGGCAUGAACCUCUCCCUCCAACUUUAGGCAGGAAUCUAUUUGGCCGACAAGUGUACCAGCUUCCAGGGCUCUUUGCAUAUGCCAAACACAUCAUAAAGAUUGAUGGGAAAGCAGGCCUGUUUAAGGGUCUCACCCCAAGGCUUUGUGCUGGGACCAUUGGAACUAUCGUCCAUAGUAAAGUGUUGCAGAAAUGCCAGGAGGAAAAAAUUGAGGUGGUGGGAAGCAGUCAGAAAGCAGAGGAAGGUUCUCUGCAAAAUGUAGUAAAUGAGACCACUAAAGAAAUGAUUGCACGUUCCUGUGCCACAAUUGUCACACACCCCUUUCAUGUGAUCACUCUCAGAUGCAUGGUACAGUUUAUUGGUAGAGAAGCCAAAUACAGUGGCGUCUUUGACUCCAUUAUUACAAUCUACAGAGAAGAAGGAAUCCUGGGUUUUUUUGCCGGACUCAUUCCUCGUCUACUUGGUGACGUUUUUUCGUUGUGGAUCUGCAAUAUGCUCGCUCACUUCAUCAACACAUAUGCUAUAGAUGACUCGAUGAGUCAUACAGGAGAGAUAAAGAACUGCUCUCAGGCUGUGACUGGGUUUUUUGCCAGUAUGCUGACGUAUCCAUUUGUAUUGGUGUCCAACUUGAUGGCUGUAAAUAACUGUGGGCUGGCUGGAGGUCUUCCACCUAAUGCUGCUGUUUAUCCCAACUGGCUUCACUGCUGGAGUCACUUGAGCCGAGAGGGCAACAUGAGCAGAGGCAACAGUCUGUUCUUCAGAAAGUUGCCAGCAGGGAAGACGUAUGCCAUCGAGCAGAAGAGAUUUUUCUGAAUGGAAAGCUAUAAGCAUAGUCUUUAAUUAUGAUAAUAUAAUUGAACUGGCCCAAGAAGUUGGACUCCCAAUACUUUGUAUGCACUUGUUUAUUAUAACAGACUUUUUUUUUCUUUCUUUCUUUUUGAUAAUCAGACUGCAUCAGCAUCCAGGAUUAUUUCUGUUAAUUUUAUUACAUUAUUUUCACUGUAUGGUGAUUUGCUUUGAUUUGAAAACAUAAAGAGCUUUAUUUUUAUUUAUACCCAGGGAUUUGUAUACAUACCACAACAAAUAAACCCUAAUAGAAGUGUUUCAGAGUAGCAUUUGAGGGUGCUUUCCCAACCGUAAGUCCAUACCAGCCCCUAUACCAUCUGUGCCUGAUUCCAGUGCAGGCUCUUUUCAUUCUUCUGCUUUUUGUUCCCAUUGACCCCAAAAAUUAUGGUCAUCAGUCCUUACACACCUGUUGUUGUCCCUACUGUCUAAUGUACUGACUGACAGACAAGAAGUGUUCCACCCUGUGAAUAGCAGACUGACAGUAAAGUGAAUCCAGCAGCAGGUCCAUUUUGAGCCACAUGUGUCAGUUGGUGUAUGUGUGUGUUUAUGUAAGAGAACGGUAAUGCAGCGCCUUAGUCUCAGCCUCAGUUGGCAGCCUACAGACCACCCACAGUCCGUGCUCUAACCCUGCCGUUUUAGUCAAAGGUCUGGCUAUGCGAGACUAGGAGCACCUUGAGUUAAUGCAGUCCCUAGCUUUAAAUACCAGAUGUGGUCCUAGGGUGCAUCUCAAUCAGCUCCCUAGCUCCCCAUGUCGUCAAUCAUUAUAUCAUAAACUCGGACACUUUGGGACACUUGUGACUUAAUCACUUGCGACACAAUUACAAGCUCACGCAUUUAAACACAGCUGGUAAUAAUCAACAAAGUUGCUGUAUAAAUGGCAUGAAUUUUGGCUGUAGUUAUUCAAACGCACAGGAUCAUUAUGAAAAAGAAGUGUUAUUUUAACCUUCUAACAACUAUAAUUUAAAAGAUUGUUUCCCAUUCAUGGUCAUUAUGGAUUAAAGACAUUACAAACAACUCUUUUAAAGAGAAAAUAAGGCUUUGACUUCAUAGUUUUACACUUGUGCUUGUCUUCUAAUGACUUGAAAGUCUUCAGAAGAUAUAGCAACGUUUCCAGUAAGGGAACACAGUGAGCUACGAUGCUGCCUGGUUUUUACGUUGCAUUCUGGGAAUUUUUUGGAAACUAACCUUUCAGUACACUGUGGCAACUCCCUGAACAGUGCCCUGACUACUGAACUAGGGAGCUGAUAGAGAAGCACAUCUAGUUUUGGCAUUGCUUUGCUAGGCUUGACCACACCCUGGUGACUUCAUUAAGAGCCUCUGGCUCCGUAGCAGUGAGUGAGUUAUAACAGCCUGAGGUGUGGCGUCCACAUGUCCAUCAGAGCUCUUGAUUGCAUUCAGAAUAAAGAGAUUUUUAUUUCUAUUGACAUUCUAAUUGACCCAAAUAAACGUAAUGCCAAAAGA